AUGAAUCGUCUGUUCGGAUCUAAAAACACCGCUCCAAAACCCACCCUCAACAGUGCCAUCUCGAAUGUAGAUUCAAGGGUAGACUCGAUCGAUGUCAAGUUGGCCAAGAUCAAUGCCGAACUCUCUACGUACCAGCAAAAGCUGAGCAAGAUGCGCGACGGCCCGGGCAAGCAGGCGAUCAAACAGAAGGCCCUCAAGGUCCUCCAGCGGCGGAAGAUGUACGAAUCACAACGAGACCAGCUCCAACAGCAGUCGUGGAACAUGGAACAGGCAGGGAUGAUGCAGGACAACCUGAAAAACGUCAUGACCACGGUGGACGCGAUGAAGACCACCAACAAGGCGCUCAAACAACAGUACGGCAAGAUCAACAUCGACAAGAUUGAGCAGAUGCAGGAUGAGAUGGCCGAUCUGAUGGAAAUCGGCAAUGAGAUCAACGAGAGCAUAAGUCGCGCAUAUGACGUGCCCGAAGACGUGGAUGAGGCCGAGCUGGAUGCCGAGCUCGAGGCGCUCGGAGAAGACAUGAUGUUUGAGCAGGAGAUGGGUAUAGGCCAAAGCACACCCGGGUUCCUACAGGAUGAAGUGGCGCCACCGACGUUUGUCGAUGAACCGCCGGAGCAGGCAAAGGUCAAAGAGGCGGCCGGCGGCGUGGGUUAG